GCACAGUGGCGUGCCGUGGACGUAUGGGCGUGUGGCACAACUUCCGAGGCGAGCAGCGCUUCUCCCGCGGCUGGACCUGAGGCUGAGGCGCGGUCUUAUCGACACAAGAGAACGUGAUGAGGAGAAUGAGGUGCACGAGAGCCCGCGAUUGUUCGCUGAUACCAACACGAAGGAAUCCCCGAGUGCGAUGCGGCUGUUGCUCCUGCUGGUGGUGUGCUGCGCCCUGCUGGUGCCCCAUGCCACGGCGCGGCCUCCGCACAGACAGAAGCGAGUGAGUGACCAGCGGCUGGCCGAGCUGGAGACAUUGCUGGCGCUCGCUAAGAUGAACAACCGCAAAUAUGUGACUCUCCCUGUCGGCUUCGGGCUCAUUGAUGUCAAACAGAUUGGCCGCCGCAAGAGGUCACCUGCCCUGGAUGCUGACCAGGACUUUCUGCAGCAAGUGGACGAGUACGACCUUGGUGAACUGAUCUCCGCCCUCGCCAGCAAGACCGUGAACGAAGAAAGUGGCCUCGAGGACGUAGCCUACCCCGCCGAGGAUCUCAGCCUGCAGCAAGAGGUGAGAGCGGGACGGGAGGCUGAGAGGAUGAAGGCCACGGGCAGGCCAGCCGCUUCCAACUCCGCAUUGUUGUACGGCCUGAAGAACCUUCCCCGCCGCAGGUAUAUCUAGAUCCCGAGCAACUCUCCCAGCCCUCAAGAUCUGCUCUCUUUGUAAACAUUCCCGCGUCAAGUUAUUUUUUUGUGUUUGUUAGAGAGGUUUCGUGUCAAUGAUUUCCUAACACUACGUCACUUCAGGUGGAACUGAGGAAAGAAUCAUGCCCAGUUAUCUUGUUUUGUAUGAAGAAAAUUACCCCUUCGUGAGUUCUGUAUUGGCUGCUGCUGAGGAACACUCGCGUGCUCAACCUGUUCUAGUCAAGAAGGUGAUCGCUGACUGUGGCGCAAGAUCUGUCCUAGGCGGCGGGGCCCUGGGACCAGGCGGCCCCCAACCAGGCUCGGAGCCACGCCGAGGCUGGGCCUGGGCAGGGGCCGCUCAUCCGAAUAGAGGCGAGGGCUCGAGGCUCAACGAAUGCUGGUGAUGGAGGGAACGACCAAGUCAAGUUCUCCCCGAAGCCUGGGACGCGAACUGCCAGUUUUUAGUGACCUAAGUUUCUGUUUCUUUGACGACUAAAUGAGUUUUGUUUGUUGUUCUGUUUUAUAUAUAUAUAUAUAUAUAUAUAUAUAUAUAUAUAUAUAUAUAUAUAUAUAUAUAUAUAUAUAUAUAUAUAUAUAUAUAUAUAUAUAUAUAUAUAUAUAUAUAUAUAUAUAUAUAUAUAUAUAUAUUGAAAACGUGGCCGUUUAUUUAUUGCAUUAAGCUUUACAGUUAUACUAGAUUUGGCUAAUAUCUUAGAAUUAAACAGACUGGAUUGAAUCUAGUCGGUCUUUUUAGUAUUACAGAAAACCUAUCUUUAGUUGUGAUUGUUAUCUGACAUACGCUUAUAACUAUUUAUGAAGCUCGGUGAUUUUCUCAGCCAUUAUUUUUGUAUCUCAUUCUAUUUGAUUUGUAUUAUUUUAAGUCACUAUAAAAUGCUGUGGAAGCCCGAGUCUGUGUAGGACGCGCGGCGCCCCACCACGGCGCUGUGAGCCUUAGCAUGUAAGCCUGGAGCGGAGGAUGAGAAGCAAGAGUAUUAUAGGUAUAGUGAUUAGCAGAGGUCAAGCCCACACUGUAACGCCGCCCCGGCCCCGGAGGCCCGCCAGUCCUCCCGCCACCACGCCCCGUCCCUCGCGUACCACUAAGGCUGGCCGCCCGCCGUGUGCUGAGGCUGGAAGUUGUUCAUGGAACUCCCCUUGUCCCUUGCCCUGACACUGUGAUACCACCACGACCUCCUCACCACCAGUUGCUGCAUCGGCUUAUUUGGCUUUGAUUAUUAUUAUUAUCAAUAUUAAUAUUAUUAUUAUUAUUAUUAUUAUUGUUAUUAUUAUCACCAUUACCAUCAUUAUCAUCUUCAUUAUCAUCGCCGUCACCGUGAUCAUCAUCGUCACCAUUAUAAGGAGCCGCGCUGAGGAACACUCGACACCUGUCACUAGCUCCAUGGGGAAGUUGAUACAAGUCGAUGCCGCCUUAAAAUCACUUUGUUUUUAUUACCUGAGAGCGACAACGUCACCAGAGCGUUUAGCUUCGUGUCUUGCUGGUGCUUUGAAGGAAGGAAUGAAGCUCUUGGAAAUUUGUAUUUUUUGCAAUAAUUCUUCUUAGACUGAAGGUUUGAGACGAAAUCUUUAACUUUCAUGUAAGAAGAUUACUUUCCUGCACGGAAAAUUGAAGCGUUUUCGUGCAAGUUUUAUAUAAAGUCAUUAAAUCCAGUCAUGUCAGUUAUGAUUCUUGUAAGAGCGUGAAGCUUCCGGAGUUCGAUCACGUCCAGUCAAGCAUUUGUAUGAAUGCUUCCUGACCUUCGCCCUUUAUCACCCUGACCCUGGGCCAGGGUCCUCACCAGUCCAGGCACGCAUUAGUUACGCUCCACAGUCACCGACCAGUGCUAAAUGAACAAUUUCAGUAAGUCUCAGAAAGACUCAUGCAAGUGAGGGCUCGCGCUCCUCACCUGGCCAAGGCUGAGGCAAGUUCUCUGAACUACUUCAUACACACGGUGCUCCCCGUCCAGCCUCGUGUACGCGAGAACAGGAAGGAGAGGCAGGCUAAAGUAUGUGUAAAAAUUGUAAAGGAUAAAAUUAUCAUCAGCGAACCCAUUGAAUUAUUGCCCAAGAUUAAAAUGUUCAAAUUGU